GCGGCCGGGGUCCUGCGCGCUCCGAACCCGCGAUGGCCGCGUGGAACUUGGGCCGGAGGCCCUGCCGCACGCUGGGGCUCUUGUUGCUGGUGGUCCUGAGCUUCUUGGUGCUCCGCAGGCUGAACUGGCCGAGCACGCUGCCCGCGUGGCUGGGCUCCCGGCAGAGGGGCCUGCGGGCUGUCGGGCAGCACUUCCUGCUGGAGGACUCGGCCUUCCGGAUCCUAGGGGGCUCCAUCCACUACUUCCGCGUGCCCAGGGAGUACUGGGUGGACCGGCUGAUGAAACUGCGGGCCUGUGGCCUGAACACCCUCACCACCUACGUGCCCUGGAACCUGCAUGAGCCAGAAAGAGGCAAAUUUGACUUUUCUGGGAACCUGGACCUGCAGGCCUUCGUCCUGAUGGCCGGGGAGAUCGGGCUCUGGGUGAUCCUGCGUCCAGGCCCCUACAUCUGCAGCGAGAUCGACCUCGGGGGCCUGCCCAGCUGGCUGCUCCAGGACUCCAACAUGAUGCUGCGGACCACCUACGCUGGCUUCACCCGUGCUGUGGACCUGUACUUCGAUCACCUGAUGGCCAGGGUGGUCCCUCUGCAGUACAAGCACGGAGGCCCCAUCAUCGCAGUGCAGGUGGAGAACGAGUACGGCUCCUACAACAGGGACCCCGCCUACAUGCCCUACGUCAGGAAGGCCCUGGAGGACCGGGGAAUUGUGGAACUACUCCUGACCUCGGACAACAAGGAUGGCCUGAGCAAGGGUGUUGUGGACGGAGCUCUGGCCACCAUCAACCUGCAGUCGCUGGCGGACCUGCAAGUGCUCAACAACUUCCUUCAGAGCUCCCAGGUGGUCCAGCCCAAGAUGGUGAUGGAGUACUGGACGGGCUGGUUUGACUCGUGGGGCAGUGCCCACAACAUCCGGGACUCUGCAGAGGUGCUGCAGACCGUGACGGGCCUGCUGGACGCUGGCUCCUCCUUCAACCUCUACAUGUUCCACGGCGGCACCAACUUUGGCUUCAUGAACGGGGCCACGCACCAUGGCCAGUACCAGGCCGACGUCACCAGCUACGACUACGACGCGGUGCUGACGGAGGCCGGGGACUACACGGGCAAAUACAACAAGCUACGGGGACUCCUCUCCUCCGUGGCAGGAAAGAGACCCCUGCCUCGGCCCCCUGAGCUCCUCCCCAAAGCUGCCUACGACCCUGUGACCUUCUCCUGGUACCUGCCCCUCUGGGAUGCCCUUGAGCACCUGGGCGAGCCGGUGACCUCGGACUGGCCCAUGAACAUGGAGAACUUGCCUGUGAACAAUGGCAACGGCCAGGCCUUCGGGUACACGCUGUACGAGACCACCAUCGAUGCCGCCGGCGUCCUGCAGGCCGACGUGCGCGACCGCGGGCAGGUCUUCUUGGACUCCAUGUCUCUUGGCUUCCUCGACUACGACCACCCAGAGGUCCUGAUCCCCUUCGUCCAGGGAUACUCCAAGCUGAGGAUCCUGGUGGAGAACUGUGGGCGGGUCAACUACGGGCCGAUGGACGACCAGCGCAAAGGCAUCAUCGGAAACGUCUCUCUCAAUCAUUCUCCCCUGAAAAAAUUCAGAAUCUAUAGCCUGGACAUGAAGAAGGAGUUAUUCCCCAGGUUCAGCAAGAAGUGGACCCGUGUGCCCGAGGUGCCCAUCCUGCCCGCCUUCUUCAUCGGUUCCGUUACCGUCCUGAUACCGCCCGCUGACAGCUUCAUGAUGCUGGAGAACUGGGAGAAAGGGGUCGUAUUCGUGAAUGGCCAAAACCUGGGGCGCUAUUGGAACGUCGGGCCCCAGAAGACCCUGUACCUCCCAGGGCCCUGGUUAUAUCGGGGUUCCAACCAGCUGGUGGUCUUUGAGGAGAAGCUGGCGGGCUCCGUGGUGCUGUUCUCCGAGACCCCGCACCUGGGCAGGAUGCAGUACGUCAGCUGA